UGUUCCGCAAUGAAUUAGAUUAAUUAUAAUAUAACAAAACAAUUCUCUGUUACUUUAAAAUGUGAUAACAAAACGGGUAGUUAAAGGUCUCUAUGUCAAAUUAUUCAUAAACAUGUUUUACAAACACUAUUCUGGUUAUAACAAUAUUAGUUCUGUCGCAAUGAAGACGUGUUAUAUAUCAGCGUGGCUCUUAGUUUUAAUUUCAUGUCAGAGUGCGAAAUCUUUUAAAAUAGACGACAAUGAGGAAGUUGGAGGUGUGCAAACAUUUCUGUAUUUUGCUUACGGCAGCAACCUUCUAACAAAAAGGAUACACAUAAAAAAUCCAUCUGCUAAAUUCUUCUCAAUUGCCAAGCUACCGAAUUUCAGGUUGGAUUUUGAAAAUAUCCAUAACAACUAUUGGAAUGGGGCCGUGGCCACGAUCGUUCAGGAUCCCGACAGCGUCGUAUGGGGAGCUCUGUGGACCCUCGAAACGAAAGAUAUUCCUCACUUAGACGAGCAAGAAGGAGUAAAUGUUGGUCUGUAUCGAGUAAGAAACGUCUCAGUUCACACUCCCGAUGGAAACACCCUGACGGCACGAACCUAUCAGAUAACUGUGGAUCCUCAAAAAGUACCAAUUAAAGACAUGCCUCCAGAACGACAACCCUCAAACACAUACAUGGAGGUUAUAAUACGUGGGGCUUUUGAAUGUUCGUUGCCAAUGAAUUACAUUCGAUAUCUUGUUACAUUCCCUACUAAUGGGAAACUCGCACGGUCGGACGUAUUGCAACUGCUUGGAAGUCCCUUUACUGAAGCUGAAGAAACAUAAAGAUAUUUAAAAGAACAUUUGUUUAUGUAAAGGUAUCUGUGAGAAGAAUUAUUAUUAAAAAUAUACUUUUAAAAAUUGA